UCGGAAAUUCAAAUGCAAAAUGAAUUGCGAUUGCGUUUGAGUUUUAGCAGGCUACAUACGCGACGCAGAGUAAGCGAAAAAGCAGACGUGCGAACAGAAAUAGGCGAUCAUUCAGCAUAAUAUCUGAACUCCUGAAUUUACAUUAAACAGAAAAUCACUACGCAGGCCUUCUCUUCCGCACCAAGACCGCUUUGGCGGAUGAACAACCCAGCAUGGUUCAGAUCGUUGUUUCGAGUGUUGGGAACAGCCCCGGAGAAUGGCUGCUGGUGGAGCUUCAGGGGGAGAUGAUGUCCAGGCAGAAUGCGGGACUGGCUGGAAACUUGAUGGGUGACCUGCACUACACCAAAGAGGGCAUACCUGUACUCAUUGUAGGACAUCACAUCCUGUAUGGGAAGCAGGUUAAGCUGGAGAAGCCAUUUGCUGUGCUGGUGAAGCAGUCUGGCCUUCCACAAGGUGCUGAUGUCUCCAUGGAGUCCAGUGUACAGAGCCCCACUGUAUACACAGUUUCUGCCCUCAUAAAGAAGAAGCUCAUCUUCAAGACCCGGCCCAAGCCCAUAAUCACCAAUGUGCCCAAGAAAGUGUGAAUCCCCUGCCAUGUGGUGCCAAACAUGGCAGUAGAGCAGGUGCACUGAACACUGCAUGCUGAUAAGGACUGUACAGCAGAUCAUUACAUCAGAUUUAUAUGAGUGUGUGCCAUGGGAUCUGACUUGGACACUAGGGGGUGCUGUUGUACUGGCUGAGGGCCCUCUGGGGUCCCAUGUUAAUACUCACAUCUCCAGGAUGACCUCACACAAUAAGAAUGGUAUAUUCAAUAGAACCAGCCCGACACACAAUAUUGGUAUUUCAGUGAAUGUACAUCUUGGUGAACUGUGCACUUAGGGGAAGUCUGUAAUAUGCAUUGCAUAUUGUAGUUUUCUAUUUAGUGCAAUAAAUGAUCAUCCAGUGGAAAAACUGCUUUCCACCUAUACGGUUUCUUAUGCAACAAA